AUGGCGGCGACAGAGCCGCCAGUGAACCAGGAUCCGGGCAAGCUCGACCCGCCUGCGGAUCAGAUCGACAGUGAUCUGGACGCAGAGGGCGAGGAAGAAACCGACCUGUAUCAGAUGGAUCAACAGCUUCAAGACGCCGUGCACCGAGCAUACAGUGGAGAGGUCGCCGAAGAGGACGCGGACACCACAACUGGAGGAGCGCGCACCGGCACCAGCCAUGCGCAGGACGGUGGCGAAGACGACGAGACUGCACCUGUUGGUGCUGUGAAGGGUCUGAAUGAGGAAGAAGAUUCGUCAGAGGCCGAAUCUGGAAUGGCUGAUGCGGACGGAGAUGUGGACUCGGCAUUCGAGGAUGAUCAAGACCAGGAUGCGUCGAAUGGCGAAUCCAGCGACUCCGAAUCAGCAGCUGAUGAAGAGGAUUGGGAGGCAGAGAGCAAUGGACGCGAAGAUGCAGAUACCGACAAUCGCAGCCGCGUGAUUUGCCUGUUUUGCAGUCAAGACGAGGAACACGACCCAGGUGAAGAAUUCGAGGAAUGGCUGAUUUGCAUCAGCUGCGGCGAUCAUUCGCAUCGGCAAUGUGCCCGUGAUCAAGAGGCAUUCAACGAUACAGAAGAUCCCUGGAAAUGCGUCUCGUGCCUCGAGGGCAAGAACGAUGGGAAUUCUGUUGAAACCCCGGCGGGUCCAAAAACGGGUGGUGGUGCUACCUACCUCGCUAAGGAGCUUAUGCCAGCACACGUGGGAAGACAAGGGUCAGGGUUUCACUCCAUCUUUGACACUGACAUCAGCAGCGAACUGCUGAAUAGCUCACGUUCACUUCGGAAGAGGAAAGCUUCAUCGAUCGAAGCUGAACAUGUCCCUGUGUUGAGAAAGCGAAGGCGACAAACAGAUCAUUCAGAAGGGCCCGACGUGCCGUUCGAAGGCAUCGGCGAUGCGCCUGCUGAAGAGUCUCGCUCAGUGCGACCACGACGUACCCGAGCAGUCGACCGCGAACACCUCCGCGUGGUUACCAGAUCACACGGCAAACUUGUGGUGGCCUUCCGCCUGGACCAGAACAAAAUCCACCGAAUUCUUGACACGCAGCCCGUGAGCCGACCGAAGCGCAGUCACAAGAAGAAGGUGCCAAAACCUCCGCCUGUCCAUCAGGAACCUCAGGCUCAUUUCGCCCCCAUUCCCGCCGCUCCUUACAACCAUUUCACCCCUUUCCACGAUCGUGAGAACGACGAGGCGAAGAAGCCGUACGGUGGCAUCCUGUCCGAAAUGGAGGCAGACACGUCGAAGACCCUUCCCUUGCAGGCCGACCGCGAUAAAUUCGAGGCUGCUCGUCAAAAGGCCGAAGAUGAAUGGCAGCGGAGAGUACGAGAAGCAGAACUAAAUGGUGAGGCGACACCGACCGCAUCCGCGAAGGUAUCGGGUCCACCAUCCAAGAUCAAGUACAUCAAUUUCGGUGGCUUUGAGAUCGAGACGUGGUAUGCCGCGCCUUACCCGGAAGAAUACAGCCGCAACCGGGUGCUCUACAUCUGCGAAUUCUGCCUCAAGUAUAUGAACUCAGACUAUGUCGCCUGGCGGCAUAAGCUCAAGUGUCCUGCAAAGCACCCACCCGGCGAUGAGAUCUACCGCGAUGGUUCCAUUUCGAUCUUCGAGGUCGAUGGUCGAAAGAACCCGGUAUACUGCCAAAAUCUCUGUCUUCUUGCUAAGCUCUUCUUGGGUUCCAAGACUCUUUACUACGAUGUCGAGCCGUUCCUGUUCUACGUCAUGGCAGAGUACGACGACCUGGGGUGCCAUUUUGUUGGCUACUUCAGUAAAGAAAAGCGACCCAGCUCCGCUAACAACGUCUCCUGUAUCCUCACCCUCCCCAUUCACCAACGCAAAGGCUACGGCAACCUCCUCAUUGACUUCUCCUACCUCCUCACCCGCAUUGAGGGCAAAAGCGGAUCCCCCGAAAAGCCCCUCUCUGAUAUGGGCUUAGUCUCCUAUCGCAACUACUGGCGACUGAUACUCUCCUAUCAACUUCGCGAUCUCAAAACACCCAUCAGUAUCGCAGAUCUCUCCGAUCGGACCGGCAUGACCGCCGAUGACAUUGUUUCCGCACUGGAAGGGCUCCGUGCUCUGGUGCGAGACCCUAUUAGCAAGACCUACGCAUUCCGCCUUGAUACCAAGUACUUUGAGGAGGUAAUUCAAAACUGGGAAAGCAAAGGCUAUGUCACACUUAACCCAGAUGCCUUGCUCUGGACACCUUAUAUCAUGGGGCGCAACAAUCAAACCCACUUCGACCGGGCCCCCCUUCACGCGGUUGCGCAACGAGAAGACGACGGAGAGGACGAGGAAGAGGUAGAGGCCAAAGCAGCUAGAGAUAUGGAUGAUGGGCCUGCCGUCAAUGGGAUUGACCCUGACGGUCUCGGAGAUUCUGCCGGGCCCCCUUCUACAAUUCUCCUACAGACAAACGGUAUCCACGAGUCUGACCAUUCUGAACCCCCUAUUCCGAACCCUGCCGCCAGUAUUCCCCCGUCCCGAUUUGAACUCUGGCCUCCUGUUCAUGUACCGGCUGGCUCUAAGCGCAAGGCCGGUCGUCCCAAUGGCAGUCACAGAGCAUCUCGACCAUCAAUUACCCCCACAGCUAUUCGUACCAGCGGCCGCAAUACCCCGCGGAGACCCUCUGGCCUACCAUUGUUUACCCCAUCUGGAAACACCCCCGUGCGUCGCGGCCGCAGCGCCAAGCUUGACGGUUCACCUGUGGCGGACACCACUACGCAAGCAAAUGGCAUUGACCCGGAACAGGAAGAGCUUAUUGAUGAGGAGGCCGUGUUAGAUCCCAGUCCUGAGGAUCUCGGUCUCGUUGUUGACGAGACGUCCGAGACCGGUGGGAAAGCUACGGCACAAGUCAAUGGUGACGGCGACGGCGACGGUAACGAGGAUAUGGAUGCUGAUGCUGACGCCGAUGCCGAUGCCGAUGGGGAACCUGACGAAGUCGUUCCAAUUGAUGUUGAUGGAAUUGAGCACGGAGAGCCGGCAGUCGAAGUGUCCCCCAGAACCCCUAAGAAAAAAUCAAAGUCUACAUCCAAGUCUCCUCGGACAGCAACUUCCCAUCGCUCCAAGGGGAAGCAAUCCGACAACCCCUCCAGGACUCCUCAGUCAGUCAGUCGCAAGGCCCUGGUUGAGAAGAUCCAAGUGGUGGUUCCCGCGGACCCGGGUUCGGCUGCCAAGAAAGCGGCUGCCACCAACACCAACGGCAUUGAUCCUGACGCCGACGCAGAAGGCGAAGACGAUCCCGAUGCCGACGGCGAAUAUGAAGUAGAUGGCGAUGUGGUUAUGGAAACAUGA